GCAUGUUAAUGGUUAGGUUCGCGCCGGCGUGCCUGCGUGGGUUUGGAAAGUAGCCUCUCAGAGGGCUGAACGGCACAGGGACGAAGAUGCGGAAGACUGGGGUCCUAGGGGCACACGAGUUGGCGAAUCUCAUUGGCUAGCUCAUGUGCCUACCGCACAAUCAUCACACUUUCGCGCUCGAAACCAGCGUAUCAGCAAGCGGUACGGCCGCCUUGGACCGGCCCGUAAAGGAUGAUCCCUACGUGCUCAAAUAUGCGACAUGCCUCGUCGACUCGAUGCAUAUAACGACUCUCUGUUCUCGACGCUGGCAUGACUCUUCUCAAAAGUACGGUGACGGUAGCGCCAUCACGACAUGUUCACAAUUUUCCACCUGCCGCUUGGUCAACCGUUCGCAUACUGAAGCGUGCGUCGUCGCCGCAGCUAGCGCAUCGUGCCCAAGCUUCUGCGCAACGGACUCAACCCGCAGUGUUCGGGAGCGGAUAUGUAAGUUGGUGGCACAAAGGUCACGGUCCCUGAACGACUAUCCUGCACAAGCCAUGGCCCGUCCCGGAAGAAACAUCAAAACCUCGUGCACGACGUGGGAAACCCCACGAGAUGGUAGUUCCGACUUCAUAUUCGAACCCAGCCGCUUGUAUCGCGGAGCCAUUGUAACGUCUUGCAACCCAUGCUCGACUAAUGUGUUGAUAUCUACAUGAGGCCUACAUACGACCUACAUACGGCCCAGGAAUGAUUCUGUUGUUGAACCAAGCACAGAGCAUAACGUGCCGCUGCAGACGCAGGAA